CAUGUUUUCUGAAGUAAUAGCAGAAAACAAAAAGAGAAAAUUAGAGAAAACAAAGAAAGAACGUCAAAUGGGGGCUCCAAGAUCCGGAGUCUAACCAUUUUUUAUUUUUUAAUUUUUUAUUAUUCGAUUUCAAAAGUUGUGAUUUUCAAAAUCAAUUUUUUUGAUUUUUGUUUCAGCUGAAAACACUUUCUGUUCAGAGCUUCUUCUGAAAUAUUUGUGUUUUUGGUAAAAAUCCUGAGCUUCUGAAAUUGGGGGGAGAGAGAAAGAGAGAGAGAGAGAGAGAGAGAGAGAGAGAGAGAUGUUGGCGCCUAGGUUUUCCUCCAUUUUAGGAGGUGGAGGAGGAUCUCAGACCAAGGCUUUUGGGAGCGAGGUUUUGCCAGCUCUGAAGCUGCAAACUGAUAAGCAAGUAUACAGGCCCGGCGAUCCGGUCAUCGUCACGAUGGAGAUCAGCAAUCCGGCCGGCAAUGCCGAUUUACCAUUGUCGCUUCUGGUCGAACGUCUCAGUUUCGAGAUCAAAGGCGUUGAGAAGUUGGAUACGCAGUGGUUCGCUACGCGGAAGCCAAUUCCGGGAUCCAAACAGAGGAGAGGUGAAUAUGUAUUUUUGGAGUGUUCGGCUCAGGCACUGGUUUCGAAUCAGAUUGUUUCAGCUGGAGCAACUAAAUCAUAUGUGGUGAGGACCUUGUUGCCAAAUAUUAUACCACCUUCAUACAAGGGUGCUACUAUUCGCUACCUGUACUAUGUUAGAAGCACAAUGUCUGGGCAGUGGUUGAGCUUAGAAAAUGCCCAUUCUCGUGGGGAAUCAGUAAAAGAUCUUUCUGAGCUGGAAGCUCGUAAUCCAUUACAAGUAUGGAUCACUCAGAAAAACAAUGGCUUGCUCAUUGAAGAAGGUCAAAAUGAUGGAAUUGUGCCUAUAUCAACCAUCCAAAUGGAUUUAUUUUGGAAAGAGACAGAUGGAGACUCAGAUUGGGUUAGAGCAAAUGAUAUCUAUGAUGGUGUUGAAGAAGGAUAUGAAAGCUCGAGGGAUGAGAUCUCGUCUGUUUCUUCUUACAAUCCCAUGAAAGACCAACUGAACAGGACAUUUGGAAGUUCUCUGUCCUUGCAAUCAACAAGAUCUUCUUCUAAGGAUGCUUUAUAUCAUGAAGGAGAACGUACAAGUUUAUCUUCCACUCUAGCACUUCCUAGGCUCUCUGUGGCUGAGGUCUCAUAUGAUUCUGGUGCUGAUCUUUCAUCACCCCGUAGGUCAUCUGGCCUUGUCUCUCCAAGUCAGCAGCAGAAGCUCACUAAGCCACUUUCUGCAGAUGAUGAUGGUGGGGCAACUUCUUCACCGGCAGCUGGAGCUGUUGAACCUCAAGCAUCAGAAGGCUUUAUUCGAGGAAGGUCUUAUAAUAUCCGGAUGGAUGACCAUAUUCUACUUAGAUUUUCCCCCAAAAAUUCCGACUCAACCUAUUAUUUUAGUGAUAUGAUUGGUGGCACACUUACUUUCUUUCAUGAAGAGGGAGCUAGAAGAUGCCUUGAGGUGUCAAUAACAUUGGAGACUUCAGAAACAAUAAGUCGGCGAUAUGUUCAUCCUUCUAGGAGGAAUUCCCCCACAAUUACAAAGGUUCAGAGUGAUCAUUACGAGGUUGUCGCUGAUCUGGUACAGACAAGCUUUCUUUUCUCCAUUCCCAUGGACGGCCCUAUGUCUUUUUCAACUCCCCACGUAUCUGUACAAUGGGCCCUUCGAUUUGAAUUUUUCACCACACCGAGAAAUGUGGAUUGGACCAGAUACGAGCAUCCUUUAGUGAUAGAGGGAAGAGACAGGAGUGAAUGGGUUCUGCCAAUAACAGUGCAUGCACCUCCAGGUGGGGCUUCUGCAUCUCACACCCGAAAUGACAAGCCUUUCUCAUUGGAACCCUUGUGGGUGCGUACGUGAAGUUUGAGUUCAACUGCAUGACUGGAUAAAGUGAAAAGAGAAGGGUCUAAUAUAAAAAUGUCAUGUUAAAUAGUGCUAGUCAUUUAUAUAUUUUUUUUCAUUUAAUUUUUUUUCUUCUAUAUAUUUAAAAUUUUCUUCAUUCAAAAAGAACACCAUACCUCAUUUAUAGACUUGAAGAUAGGAAGAAUUAAUUUUUCGAACUCAUCAGGAGCACUUUUCUGUUUUUUAUUAGGUUGAAAAAUUGUAUUGAAAUUGAGAAUUAUGAGUCAAGGAUCAUUUUGGGUUCCAACCAAUAUUACUAGUUGUA